AUGGCAUCCUCUGUUGCACUCACUCCUUCAUUCCACCCUUUUCCUCGCCUCCCUUAUGAACUUCGCCUGGCCAUCAUUGAGGAGUACCUCCAGGGCAUAGGAUACACGAAAUCAUCUCUGAGAAACUGGCGCCCAACCGUCCUGGAAGAUGGGAUCAUCACGGCAUUCCAGACGUACGGGCCCCCUGAAGAACCACUGGCAAGAUACGCUACAAUCGACAAGCAGUGGAAGUCUGUGGUGGAGAAGCACACAUUUCAUACGCUCGCCCUCAAUGUGGCUGGUAUUGAUGAUCCAAACGUCCUCGACGACCUUGAGCGGAUUUGCGUUGGGGAUCGCAUUGACGAAAUCUCGGAGAUUGAGCUUUCGAUUGUCGUCGAUAAUAUUGGCAGUCAGUACUCAGGAUCAUCGACCGACCUAAUGAAUGCUGCUACCGACCAGGGCAGCGAAGCCGAUACCGAUGAUGACACCGAACCCUCCAUCGUUCAUGCUGAGCGCGUGGCCACGGCAGCUAUCGGCCAUUUCUUCCGCAUUGUGGCUGGUUGGACACGUGGCCAGGAAUCGCUCAUCCUCAGAUUCAAAUUCUUCUGCCAGGGACCAAGGAGGAGCCGCCCGCUCAACGUAACUCGCCUGGCAAUCGACUCUUCCAGUUUUCCUGAGGUUCUCUGUAUCGGCUCUCUCUAUAUGCCUGAAGAAGGCUCCUACUGGAUAAUCAAACCGGAGUCUACGUUUCAAUUGCUUACGAGACUCCCGAACGUGAAGCGUUCCAGCAUGAAGUUUCAUGACGACGACCUUGCAUCGCCGGACAUCAUCAAGAUCGUCCAAGAAGGAUCUUCAACUCCUAGCUUCUUAGGAUCCAAACUCAGUGCACUCUGCCUCCGGUCGACUGCCGUAUGGCACGAAAAACAUGAUCCUAGCUUGUACACGCACCCCUCGCUCCAACUGAGCCAGUCGAUCUUUUCCAUGACCUCUAGGCUCGAGGAACUGUACAUCGGCUACGUGGUCGACCUGUCAGCCUUCCUGAGACAGGCAUGCAUCGUCAGCAGGAGCACGCCGCGGAGCACACCGGCCUGGCCCAACUUAAGGAUACUUUUGGCCGACGGUGUCUCCGGCUCGAGCCCUUCGGACGACCGCGCCGUCGCCGCCGAGUUCUACGACUCGGUCACGGAGGCCCUACCACACAUGCCAAACAUAACCAUGUUCGAGGUCGAGCUUACUUCACCGUUUCAUGUCAAUGAGAGAUUGUACUGGGAUAAUGCUACCAUCUCCAUAAGGGUGCCGCCUCGAGAUGACCGCUCGGCGACGCGGGACGGAGAGCUAGUCCUGUGUGGUGCCGAGCCGGACCAAUACACGGUGGAUGCGUGGCAGCAAAUUGCACGACGACAAUGGCAUUGCAAACUGACUCGGGUUUCGUGCUGGAGCUCACCUACGCUCUAG